AUAUAUAUAUCACCAAGCUCGUACGUGUUUAAAUGGGUCAUCGAGGAGUUAAACGAAUCCAAAGAACAUUAACAGCCAUGGAGAGCUCUCAUGGAACAUCGACGAAGCUGGAGAGGAAAACGGUGGAGAAAAAAAGGAGGGAACAAAUGAAAGCGCUUUACGCGAAGCUCGACUCUCUACUUCCGAGCUCAACUAGUUCAAGGGAAGGGGCAACACUGCCGCGACCUGAUCGACUAAGCGAGGCGGCGAAUUAUAUAAAGGGGAUGCAGGAGAAGCUCGAGAGGAUGAAGGAAAGGAAGAGGCAACUGAUGACUCGCAAUGAGGCGGCGGAUAAUUCGAAGCUUCCGAAGAUAGAGGUGCAGAAUCGAGGUUCAAAUCUAUAUAUGAUACAAAUCGUUAGCAGCCCCGAUGACCGCGCCAUGUUCUAUGAGGCGGUUCGAGCUGUGGAGGAAGAAGGUGGCGAGGUUUUGAAUGCCCAGUUCUCGACUACGGACCGAAAAGCCUUCCACACCAUCUAUGCCUUGGUUGGAGAUUUUAAAUAUCGGUUUGAAACUGGAAAACUAAAGGAGAGAUUGAAGGAUCUAGGUUGGCAAGGGAGGCGUGUGUAAAAAGGAUUCUUGUUUGUUUCGGAGCCGCGAAAUGAACAGUGUGGGAAAUUUAGAAAAUUCCGAGGACUCGAGUGCAAUAGUCAAUAGUCUCCUUUUCCUACUCUCCAAUGCUUUCUCUUUAGAACCUUUCUUACCUUUUUAUGAUGGUAGAAACAAUUAGUUGCAUUUAGAAGGGCCCUAAUGGACCCCACAAUCCACUUCCUUGUGCCCAUUAAUAUUCUUGUUUAAACAUGUAAGUGCUAUAUAUUGGGACAAAAAUUAUAUGGGCAUCAUUUCGAAAUUAGAAGUUUUGGGGUCGAUGUGGAUGGGCACCGUGUGGCCGUACGCCCAUGCUCGCCCUCCCCUACGAAGAAA